AUGAAGGAAAUUGUUAAAUUACCGAAUGCCAUUUUUUUGGGUUUGCUUGAAACAAAAAUCUCUAAUUUUGAUAUUAGAGAAGUAAAGAAACUGAUGGGAGAAGAAUUGGAAUUUGAUUUGGUUCCUUCUAAUGGCCUUUCUGGGGGUAUUAUUGUUCUAUGGAACUCAAACUUUGCUGAGUUUUCUAAGGUGGCAUCUUCAUCCCAAUGCCUAAUUGGAGACUUGACCAUUAACAGAAAUUAUAAAAUGAGGGUGGCUGCGGUCUAUGGAAGCAAAGAAAUUAUCAAAAGAAGGGAAUUAUGGGUGCUUCUGGAGUUUUAUAAUGUGAAGGAGUAUCCUUUGGUGGUUGGAGGAGAUUUUAAUUGUAUCACCUCCAAAGAAGACAAAAGAGGAGGGAAAAAAUUCUGUUUUUCUCUAGGAGCUAGAGAAAUGGGAUCUUUCAUUUCUAACAAUGAUUUACAUGAGAUUGGAUUUAUAGGUCCAAGGUUCACAUGGUGCAACAACAAAUCUGGAGGUGCGCGGAUUUUGGAGAGACUUGACAGGUGCUUUCUUAAUUCUUCUUCUUUGAAUUAUUUCUCUCAAUUAACCGUGAGACAUCUAGCUAGAAUUGCAUCCGAUCAUAGCCCUUUGGUUCUUAAUUUAUGCAAUUUUAAUUCCACAAAUAAGAGGAGAAUUAUCUUUGAGGAUAUUUGGGGGUCAUUUCCUGCAUCAUUUGCUGUGGUAAAGAAGGAAUGGAAUAAGAAAUUCAGUGGGGAUUACUCGCAAAUUCGAAAUGUCAAGUGUAAAAGAAUGCUCAAAGCACUAUUCUGGAGUAAGGCUAAGCUAAGGAAUCUUGAAGAUCUUAAAAGCAACUUAAUGGAAGAUAUUCUCAAGCUACAAAUUACUGAAGCUGAAGUUGGCUGGCUAUCCGAAGAUGACUGUUGGAAGAUGAAAUCCAAAGUUGCUGAGCUAAAUUCUACUAUGGCCCAGUUAUGUAGUUGGUGGAAACAAAGAGCUAAAGUAAAAUGGAUGAAGGAGGGAGAUUGCAACUCUAAGUUCUAUCACUCAUAUGCUAGUGCUAGAAGGAUUGGCAACAAGAUCUUGAAAAUCAAAAAUGAGAAUGGAAUAGUUCUUGAAGAACAAAGCCAAAUUGUAGAUGUAUUCAUGCAAUUUUUCAGCAUCAAGUGGAAACAAAGAAGUUGUAAUUUGGAUGAUUGGCCCAAUCCAGGUAAGAUUUUGAAUAUGGAGGAAAAAGACAAUUUGUCCAAGGAAUUCACUGUGGAGGAAAUUGAAUUUGUCAUCAAAAAUCUGGGAAAUAACAUUGCUCCGGUAGCUACACGGAAGGCGGUUCUUGAAGUUAAAGCCAUUCUUUCCAAAUUUAGCAUGUGGACAGGUCAGAAAAUCAACACUAAGAAAUCUGCCAUUAUAUUUGGAAGUAAUGUUAAUAGAAGGAAGAAGAAGCAGAUAUCCAGAAUUAUUGGAUUUAAACAAGUAAAGGAACUUGUUUACCUUGGUAUUAAAAUGUCUUUGAGAAGAAUGGUGGCUAGUGACUUCUAUUUCAUCAUUGAGAAAGAGUUGGAGGUAUUAUUAGAGAUUGCAAUGGAAGGUUCUUAUUGGCCUUUGGGAAUACUUGUAUCCAUUGGGACAUUUACCAAUUGGAAUUUCAGGCUAUCAAAGCUCUGA